UGCACCGAUCGCUAGCAUUUUGCGCAUAAUUAAUGCACCGUGCGUUUUUUUUAAUUUUAAGAGGAAUUAAAUCACAAAUUUCAAUUUCAAUUUCAAUUAAAUUCUGCAUGCGAGUACCUACUUCCCAAAAAUAAUAAAAAAUUUUAAAGAAUUACAAAAAAAUACUUUUCUUGUGUCAAAAAUCAAAAAAAAAUAAUACCUAUACCUAUUCCUUGUGUCUCCGCCAGUGCCUGUUCCUGUGCCUGUGGUGAAUUUGUAUCAAUUUUUGUGUCUGUCGUUCCUCUGGUUUUGGUUAGUGUCUUAUUUUUAACAUCAACAGCAACAACAACAAAUUGACCAAAAGUGGAACAUGAACAAGUGAAUCGCUUUGGCGCGGGUUCUUUUUAACUUUCGAUUUCAUUUCGAAAUUUUGUUCGAAUUAUUCUUCUUUUUUUUUGCAUUCGUGAUUGUCUUUUAUAUUCUUCGUUUUCUUUAAUUUCUGUUAUUUUCUUGUGUGAAAACUCGUGCAGGUUUUCUUUUUUUGUGUUGCAUCUAGUGCAUCUUUCCGCGAAAAAUUUAAAAAUAUGAAAAUUUUGCAAUAAUUUCCUUGAAGAAAAAGAAGUUUGUGCGUGUAGAGCCUUGAAAAAAAAGUAAAUUGUGUGUCGAAAUUUUUCAACAAAAUUUGAGAAGAAAUUAAAAAUUGUGUUUAUUUUGUGAGUGUUAUUUUUGGCUGAGAUGUGACUUUUUCCUGUGCCACAAGAAAAGGUUUAUAAAAUAUUACAUUGGAGUUAAAGGCCAGACAUUUAAAUCGGUGACCCAUAACCAAACCCCAAAGAAAAAUAUAGUGACGAACGAGAAAUAAACAAAAAAAAAACGGUAAAUUGAAUAAUCGCGUCGAAGAAGAAAUUAAAAAAGAAAAGGAUCCAUUUUAAUUUCAAAAUGAAUAUCCUUGACAAUGGAAAGUAUCGCCUUAAAAAGGACUGGAACAGCUGUUCAAUACCAUCGCUUGUAGACAUUGACGAACAUGAUGAUAUAAGUGCAACAAUACCAGCACCCACAAAAACGCCCAGACGCAGUUCCAUAGCUAUCGGAUUGCUUGGAAAAUCAGACAAAACUGCUAAACGUCGCAGCUCAAUAGCAGUUACAUUUCUUGGCAGACGUGAUAGUCAUAAGAUGACAAAGGACUCGAAUUCCUUUUACGAAUCAGCUGUUCGAACAGAAAAAAGCGAUGGUUCACCAAAAAGUCCUGACAUUAUAUUUUCAUCGGAUGAGAACUUUCAUGCCUCAUCGCCAAAAGAGGGCGGUCGCGCUGUUUAUUUCGAAGAUCCUUCCGAUUCGCAAAAUGUUACAAAAAAUUUAAGCAUGUAUGAAUCGCCGGUCGAUAAAGAACGCAGUCGUGGUCGUCGCAGUUCGUUACAAACAAAACUAGAUCGUCGUCGUCGAAAGAAUUUCGAUCCGAAUCAAAUGAGUCCCGAAACGUCGUCGUCGGUUUUUCUUGAAGACGAUUCAAAUGCUGAAGAACAAUUGGCAUUUGAAGCGGAAGCUAAUCGGUAUAUGCAACGUCAAAAACGUCAUUCGUGGUGGAAUAUUUUCGGACCUGAUCAAAAGAAGCAAAGGUCACGUAGAGCUAGUCAGGAUGUCACUCUUAUGACACGUAGUGCUGACAGUCUAGCCGUAACAGCACGCAGGAGCAAAUCACGAAGUGUUGAUCAUGGCCUAGCGGCGCCAUUUGAUUUGGAUUCAUUGCGUUCAAAAGUUGAAGGACGUUUUGAAAGUGUUGACCGUUUAACAAAUGAACGAAAAAAAUCGUCGCUACCAUCUAUACCUACAGUUACUUAUACGGUUGGCAAUCGUGAUACAUUGACAUCAGUUGCCGCUCGUUUUGACACAACGCCAUCUGAAUUGACACAUUUAAAUCGUUUGAAUAGUUCAUUUGUUUAUCCAGGACAACAAUUAUUAGUGCCAGAUAAAAAUGCUAAGGAUGACAUAUCGAUUGGAUCGGGGACUGGAGACGAGAAAGGAUCAAGUGUUUCCGGAAAAUCUAGCCCAGUUGAGAGAAAAUUAUCCACAGAAGAUUCUAUGGCCAUUGAAGAGAAAGAUAUUCUGGAUGGCCUUCGACCAGGAUCUCCAAAACCUGGACACAUUGAACGUAUCUCACCGAAAAAUGGCUCCGAAAUAUCUGGCGAUGAUCCAGUUAUAACUCAACGUUUCCUAAAGAUCAAUGUUCGUCACAUCACCGAUGGCCAAGGUGUUGUCGGUGGUGUGCUCUUGGUCACACCCAACGCAGUGAUGUUCGAUCCAAAUGUAUCUGAUACACUUGUUAUUGAACAUGGACCGGAAAGUUAUGGUGUUAUUGCUCCUAUGGAGUUGGUUGUUAAUGCUGCUAUAUUUCAUGAUAUCGCCCAUAUGCGUGUUGCUGGUGGUGAAGCAAAUACAACAGAAAAAGCAGAAAUCUAUUAUCCAAAAUCGGUGUUGGAGCAGCAACAACCAACAUCGUCUAGUCACUUAGAAGGUGUAGGUUCGAUUGAAACGUGUGAUGAUCAAGAAUCGAUUUGUUCUGGAUCUGGCCGUGAUGGUGAUGCAUUUCCUAAAGCAUUCGAUAAAGAGCGUGUUACACCGAUAGAUAAGGAUGAUAAAGAUGCUGAAGCCAAAGAAACAUCUAAGACUGAAUCGAAGUCGGGAGCUGAAAGUGAUGAUACUGAGGAUAAGAAAAAUUUAUCAAUUACAGACAAACGUACUACACUCGAAGAGAGACGAAAGAGUCUUUUGGAUCAUCACUGGGCCAUUCCCAGUAAGGAUAGAUCAUCGGACGAAGAAGCUGAUAAUGAGUCAAACACCACAGUUGACAGUGCACGAGCUCAGGAUCCCCAUUCGGCUACAUCAUCACUUAGCGGUGUGGUUGGUGGAACAGGUAUUAGUAGCUUAGCUGGUGGCAUUGCUGCCAUUGAUUUGGAACACUUGGAAGAACUAUCAAAACAAACGCGCUAUGACUCUGGCAUUGAUAUUCGUGAUCCUAUUCCAAAUGUACAACCCAUACCAAAGAAAUCCGUCUAUAGUGACGCCGAUAUUGUAUUAAGCUCUGACUGGGUACCACCGAAAACUAUUUCACCAACAAAAGCUACUGAAACUACAACAACUGCAUCAAGUUUGGAUAUGCCAUCAUUUGGUGGUGGUCGCAAGAAGACCACCAGUGUAAGUUUUAGUGUUGAUGAAAACGAAGCACAACAAGGACAACAGCAAUUACUUAACCAGAGUCAAAAUGAGAAAAAGAAUAAGAUGCUUAAAAGACUAUCAUAUCCCCUUACCUGGGUAGAAGGUCUUACUGGUGAAAGUGGUAGCAAUGUUAAUAACAUGGGUGGCAUUGGCAAGUCCGGUGACACUGAAUCAGCUCCAAAUACUGGUGAUUCUAAUCAAAGUGUCUUUUCGAAAGUGUUCUCAAGCUCACCCAUUACUUUGGUAUCUGAGUUGGGUGGCAAUUUAUUUUCAAAAACGCCAUCUGAAGAAUCUGGUGGUUCGCCAGUGCCUCCAUUGACUCCACAUUCGACACAUUCUGAGGGUCAUGUUACCCCCGGGCGUUCAUCGAUUGGUACAUUUAUGCGCCCGCAUUCUUCUGAAGGUACACAAUCGACAACAAAGCUGAACAAGGAAAAACAACCAGUACCCAAAUUGGACUAUCGCUCAAUGGUGUCUAUUGAUGAUAAACCUGAAUUAUUCGUCAGUGUUGAUAAACUUAUUCCAAGACCAGCAAGAGCUUGUCCUGAUCCUCCACUAUAUCUGAGACUACGUAUGGGAAAACCAAUUGGAAAAGCAAUUCCACUACCGACGUCAGUGAUGUCGUAUGGAAAGAAUAAAUUAAGACCAGAAUAUUGGUUCAGCGUUCCGAAAAAUCGCGUCGAUGAACUAUACCGUUUUGUUAACACAUGGGUUCCCCAUUUAUAUGGCGAACUUGACGAAGAACAAAUUAAAACAAGAGGUUUUGAAUUAAUUCAACACGAUACAGAAUGGACAAAAAGCGGUCACAUCAAAAAUGGUCGCACCAACAGCGACGAAGGUGAAGGAAUGGGUGACAUUACACAUGAAUCAUGGGAGCUUAUAAAGGCGCCGUACGUUAAAAUCUACAACAUAAUUAAAACUGCCGGAUCCCAUGAUUUGGAUUUAUUGGGUGGCGAGGUUCUGUCUAUAACUACGGACGAAUACAGAAAAGCAUCUCUCUUCACAACGGGGUCGUUUGAUUUGGAAUUCCCAAUUCCUGAUCUUAUUGGAACAACAGAAAUCCUAACAGAAGAACACCGCGAAAAAUUAUGUACACAUCUACCUGCAAGAGCCGAAGGCUAUUCUUGGUCAUUAGUAUUUAGCACAUCGCAGCAUGGUUUCUCGUUAAAUUCUCUCUACAGAAAAAUGCAGAGGCUAGAAAGUCCUGUAUUAAUUGUAAUCCAAGACACAGAUCACAAUGUUUUUGGAGCUCUGACAUCCUGUUCACUUCAUGUAUCUGAUCAUUUUUAUGGUACCGGAGAGUCAUUAUUGUACAAAUUCAAUCCCAGUUACAAAGUAUUCCAUUGGACUGGUGAAAAUUUGUAUUUCAUUAAAGGCAAUGUUGAUUGUUUGUCAAUCGGUGCUGGAGACGGACGAUUUGGAUUAUGGUUGGACGGCGACUUGAAUCAAGGCCGAUCACAAUCAUGUAGUACAUAUGGAAACGAACCCCUAUCACCACAAGAAGACUUUGUUGUAAAAACUCUCGAAUGCUGGGCAUUUGUUUAAAAUGAAUUUCUGCAAAUUUGAAAUUACCUACUAAUAUAUUAUUUUCUUUAAUUUUUUUUUGUUUUUAGUUUUAUUAUUUGUUUAAUCUUAUUAUUUAAUUUAACUUUAAAGGAUACAAAGAAAAACAUUUAUGCUGCAAUUUAUGAUUGAAAAUGGAAUGUAUAUGUAAAAUGAAGAAGAACUAAAAAAACAAUGUUAAAAAACUUAUGAAUAUGAAUUUGUUAAGCAUUGUUUUUUUUUAGGGAAUUCCUUAUGAUUUUUUUUAAUUAUUAAUGUUAUUAUUUAAUUACUGUUAAACAAUGUUAAAUUUUUAUAUUUUGUGUAUUUUUUCUCCCUAUUUGUUUGUUUGUUUUUUAUAAUUAAUUUAAUUUAAUGUAGAAGAAAAAAGAAAAAAAAUAAAACAAUGAUUUCUGAGUGAUGUUUCUAAUUUUUGUUUUAAGGAUGUAUAGGAUUUAAUUCAAUUGGAAUUUCAUUUAACUCAAGACGUGACACAUAAUGAUUUUGUGUAAAAUGUUAUUUUAUAAGCAUCCUAUUUAUAAAAAAAAAAAAAAAUCAAAUAGAUGAUGCAACUUUUAUGUGUAAAAGCUUUUGAAUAGUGCGUUUGUCUUUGGUAUUAAGUUUAGUAGAAGCAUAAAUAAAAAAACACACGAUUAGAAAACAGAAAAACAAACAAAACGAUAUAUUUAAAUGUUUUUUGAAAAAGUUAAUUUAUUUUUAUUACCAUGGUAAUCGAAGUUGCUUACUUUUUCAAUAAAUAAAGUAUAUUUUUGUGUGUUGAAAAUUAUCGUAAUAAAAAACAAAAAACAUUUAUUACCAUGUAUUUAAAAAAACAAAAAACAAACAAAUUGAAACACAAUACAUUUAAAAAGUUGUUAUAACAUUUGCAAACAUAAAGUUCGCUUAGACUAAUUAUAUAUAAACCUAUUUAAAUAAUUAAUCGUAGUGCAUUGUAUAUCAAAAUGUACAUUUUGUAUAAACACAGAACAACCACUAAAGCAUUCUAAAUUAGAAACUAUGCAGAGAAAAAAGUUUAAAAAUAUAAAGACGAAAAAAAUCAUUUAGCUAAACAGAAAAAAAAUAAAAUAAAUUUAUAUAUUUAAUAACAAAAAGAAAAAA